CUGUUUUCAUAUUUUUCUAGAUAGCGCCACACUUUUCAUUCGUUAUUCUCAACCAGAAGAGUGAGUGACAGAGCCACAUUUCAUUUCUUCUUCCUUCGUUAUUUUUCAUUCGUAUCUUUUCAACUUCCCGUUUACUCUUUCUUGUUAUGAUAGCUUCCUAUAACCGUCAACCACGUAUUUCUGAUACCGUCGAUUGAGUUUAUUAAACGCGCUUCCUUUCAAUUUUACAAUUUUACCCCUCUCUGUUAACCACCUCUAUCUUUGACGAUGCAGAACACCAACAACCACCGUAACGCCCAGGUGGACACUCAACGGCGAGGGAGAUUAACAGAUAAUUCGUCGCCUUUUUACGGUACGGCGACUACCAUGUCCGGAUCACAAUUCCGGCGACCGAAAACCAUGCCGGAUCUUGUACCGGAGAGGAAGCGUGCGGCAAUGACGACGGUGUCGGAGGUUUUGCCGAGACAGCCGCCUAAGUUGUUGCUUAAGGUUAUGAUCAUGGGGAGCCUUGGCGCUGUGCAAGUGUUGAUGACGCCGGAAUCGAGUGUCGGAGAUUUGAUAGCGGCGGCGGUGCGCCAAUAUGUGAAGGAAGGUCGCCGUCCAAUCUUGCCGUCGAGUGAUCCUUUCCGGUUCGAUCUUCAUUACUCUCAGUUCAGCCUAGAAAGUUUAGAUAGAAAUGAGAAGCUGAGGGAAAUUGGAUCUAGAAACUUCUUUAUGUGUCCAAAGAAGGAGAGUGCUGAUGGUGGAGACGAUAGUAUAACGACGUCGUGUGGUUCGUGUUCCAGACAGGCAGAGAAAGCAAGUAAAGGUUUUGGUUGGCUAAGGUGCAUGGAUUUCUUGCUGUGAAAAACGAUUGGGUCAGAACAAAUCAUCACUUGCCCAACAUUUUCUACAAUUUUGUUUUUGUUACAAAAAACUGUUUUUACAAUUAAUUCCAGUACUAUCCAAUUAUUUGUCUUUUAUUUUUUGCUAAAUGCCGCAAAGCGCCAUCGAUAAGAAAUUAAUUACAAAAAAUAUUGUACUAGAAGUGGUGUAUUUAAUUUUUUUACAUAUUUAAAAUGUGUAAGAGUAUUUACAGCAGAA